AUGGGUAAAAUGAAAUUGUUGCCAGUUGUGCACAGUACAGUUGGAUACUAUUGUAAGAUAAAAAAAAAUGUGCUGAUGUUUGUGAAUCUAUUCCUACGAAUAGGAGGAGAGUGGAGGGAGGCUCGAUCGGUGGGAUUAUUGGAAGGACAGCGAAAAGCGGUCGGCGAACGGUGCAUAUCAUUCGAGUUUCGUAGAAAAUAAUGGAAACAUUGGUAAUAUGGCACUUUUGCCAAUUAUGACGCAUUUCAGAGGCCCUGCACCUCCUUUUAACAGUAAAGAUCAGGAUAUAAUUGACGAGGCGUUGUAUUUCUUCAAAGCGAAUGUGUUUUUUAGAACGUACGAAAUUAAGAGUGAGGCUGAUAGAGUUUUAAUUUAUAUCACGUUAUACAUUACGGAAUGCUUGAAAAGAUUACAAAAGUGUGCAACUCAAACUCAAGCAGCAAAUGAAAUGUAUUCUCUUGCUAUUUCAAAAUUUGACAUUCCUGGCGAUCCUGGUUUUCCUUUAAACUCUGUAUAUGCAAAGCCAAGUAAUCCAAUGGAAGCAGAUACCAUGAGGCAAUAUUUGCAACAAAUACGACAGGAGACAGGGGUUAGACUAGUAGAGAAGGUAUAUGGUGAGGAUGGUAAGCCAAGCAAAUGGUGGCUCUGUUUUGCAAAGAAGAAAUUUAUGGAUAAAUCGUUAUCCGGUCCUGGACAAUAA